UUUUUAAAAAAAUGUUCAAUUUAGAAUUAACUCAUCGAAACCGGUCUAUUAUCGAAAAAAAUUCUUAUGUGAAUGCAUCGAUAGACCCAGGGACCAUUUUUAUCGAUAUAAAACUAUUUCAAAAAGUUCAAAAUCUCUUGAAGAAAUUUGAUCAAAAUUUGACUUAUCAAUUCGAAAUUUACAGUUCUCAGAAAAUUAAAUUACUUUUUAAAGGUAAUUUGCCUUCAAAAAAGAAUGACCUAAAAUUGCAAUUUUAUUUUCACUAUAUUAGUCUUCUCCAUAUUCCUAAAAUGUUGAAGAGUGUUGGAGAUUCGGUCAAUAAAAUUGGCAUAUCUAUACCUACUAGACAAAAGUCAAUUCAAUUAAAUUUUAGUAGAGAACAUCGACUCAAGAUUCGUCACAAAAAAAAAUUGUAUCAAGGAAUUUCCUUAAGACCUUUAAUCAAUGUUGAAACAUUUGGAUUACGACAGGCUAAACAAAGAAGGCAAAGAAGGCGAAAUCGACUUAUAAGAAAACAAUGUGGUCAUGCAAGAUUUAUAAAUCGGAUAAUAAAUCUUCCUCGACAAACCGUAAGAAAUCAGUUUUUCAACGGAUUUACGUUUUAAAAUUUCUUUGGCAGUUAAUAUUAAAUAAAUUGGCAAAUAUGACAGGCAAAAAGUGAACAUUAUUUUUUAAACGAAUCGUCAUACUAAAUUGUAAUCGUUGGCAAUUCUUUUCUUAACGUAUUUUUAUGGUGGCACACAUUAUUAUAUUAUUUUUAAAUUACAAAUUUUUUAUGAUUAUGACUCCCUAAAAAUUAAGCUUUCUUUCGCUCGU